AUGGGGGGAUGUGGAUCAAUGCCUACAGUGGAAGGAGGGGCAGAGGAGCCUUUACCAGAAGAUACAGAGGAACAGCUGAGUUCAGGAGAUGGCACCUUGGAGUUUAGCGGACGUAAGAUGACUCGACUUCCCGCUUCAAUAUGCGUGCUUGCUGAUCAGCUCUAUAAGAUGUACCUGAGUGGCACGAUGAUAACUGAGCUACCUGAUGACCUCUAUCAACUCCACAACCUACGCACCUUGGCACUAGAUGGCAACAGAUUACCUGAGUUGCCUGAAGCUGUUUGCUCUCUACCACAUCUGGGUCGUCUCUACUUAGGGGCAAACCGGCUUCAGGGUCUCCCCCCAUCCUUUGCACGUCUCCAGACUUUGCGUACUCUGUGGAUAGAGCGUAACUUUUUGCACCAUUUUCCACGAGUUUUACUGAACAUGCCUGCCCUGCGGUGUUUACAGAUGGGUGACAACCGUCUUAAGGGUCUUCCAGGAGAAAUUGCAACAUGUAUGCCAGGCCUCAGAGGUCUCUGGCUCUAUGCAAAUAGACUGGAGCAUGUGCCAAAGGUCCUUUUACGCUUACAUGGAAUAGAGAUUUUGGAUCUAGAUAAGAACAAGAUCACAGCAUUUCCAGACAUGAGUGGCAUGAAGGCACUGCGGCUUCUCUCUUAUGACCACAACCCUGUGAAUACACCACCAAAGGUAGAAGAGACGGUCACGUUGGUUGGUGAGGGUGCCCAGGAGUUUAUGGAAGAACGCGAAGAGCGCAGAAAACAGAUAGAGGAAGAAGAGAUGGAGGAGCGUGAAAGAGAACGGCAAGAGAAGGAGGCACAAAAAAUGGAGGACGCAGAAGGAGAGGGCGAAGAGGAAAGGGAGCAAGAAGAACGAUUUGAGGAGGAGGUAGAAGAGCAGGGGAGCCACCAUGUUAACCAUUACUCUGGUGAGCAGGAAGAAGACUACUAUCCAGAUGAGCAAGGGUAUUACCUGGAAGAGGAAGAGGAGGGAUAUUACCCCAGUGAAGGAGAGAACUACUAUGUGAGAGGAAUUUAUUGA